CCUGAUGAUGUAAAGCCCACGCAUCAUUGGGUAACCCAUAUUUUCAAUCAACUACAAGACUACAGACCUGUGUACAACUUUUGGACGUUUCUCUUCGAGCACUUGAACAAAGUCCUCAAGAGUUACUCAAUGAAUAAUCACAGCAAUGGCGAGAUUGAAGUUACGUUUAUGCAUGCAUUUCAGAAGGAUGUU